AGCCAGCUCUGAUGAAAUAAAUUUUCUCUGUAGGAGAACCUGAUGACAGAGACCAGUCCAAACUGGAGAUGAAGAUAUGGGACCCAGAGUGUCCGCUGACCAACAAACAGAUUGACCAGUUUCUUGUGAUUGCUCGAGCGGUUGGUACUUUUGCUCGAGCGUUGGACUGCAGCAGCUCCGUCAGACAGCCCAGCUUACACAUGAGCGCCGCGGCAGCCUCACGAGACAUCACACUGUUCCAUGCCAUGGACACCCUGCACCGGCACGGCUAUGACCUCUCCAGUGCUUUGAGCGUGCUCGUUCCUCAAGGAGGGCCCGUGCUGUGCCGGGAUGAGAUGGAGGAGUGGAGCUCAUCAGAGGCAAACCUGUUUGAGGAGGCGCUGGAGAAGUACGGCAAAGACUUCAAUGAUAUCCGGCAAGACUUUGUGAGUGUGCACAGAAAGCAGGGGUGGGGGAAUAAUUGAUUUGAUGUGUUAUGA